CCUCACGCGCGACACGCUCUGUCCUCGCCCUGCGGCUCGCCCGCACUGGUUCCGGCCCGAUCCCUAACCUGACUCCGCAGCCUCUCGAUGACUUAUGCUCAAGCGUCCGCCCUUUGGUGACAUUGCAGCGGGAGUGUAGUGCGAACUGAACUGCUUCUAUGUGGAGGCGAGCUGUGUUGUGAUUCUUGUGUGCUCUUGUCAUGUGGGGAGUGCGAUGGCGCUGAAACAGACCAUGUCACGGUGGCAGACGCUGGGCCUGCUCUGGGCGCUAUUGGCGGCAACGGCACUCGCUAAUCAAUUGGAAGAUAUUCCACACAAUGAAGUGAAGAAUUGGGCGUUGAAAUUUGGCGUUGACCUGUGGGAGUUCGGAAGACAUUUCACGAAAAUGAAUCAAAUUCAAAAUAAAUACCACGAGUACAACGUAGACGUUGUCCGAAAAGAUGGCCUGCUGCUGGUGCGAGAACUUGCGGCCGAGGUGAAGAACUACAUGGACUUCAAAAUUAACGCGGUUAUGCGGAUCAUGGACAGCGCCGAAGCCGCCGCGCUAUCAUCAAGCAGUGGAUCUGAAGGCACCCCCGGUACAUAUUACGACGCGCGAUGGUUAAAUGUCCACGCUGAUGAUGGAACUCUGGCGGCGAAGGCACGACGUUUGCUCCUCGCCCCCAGUCGGCACUUUGAUCACAUCGCUGUCAACACUAGCUAUAGUGCUGUUUUGAUGCCGCCCUAUAUCAGCGUUGAAGAUCCCGAAGUGCAAAAUCAGAUCGCGUGGUCAGAGCACUUGGAUCCUUUGUUCGUUAACAACUACGAAAUAGAUCCUACAUUGUCGUGGCAAUAUUAUGCUUCUUCCAGUGGAUUUAUGAGGAGAUAUCCAGCAAUGUCCUGGCCUCCGGAAGACGGCUAUUCACACCACGCCCGAGACUUUUACGACUUCAGAUCGUCGAACUGGUUCGUCGAGUCGGCGACAUCUCCGAAAGACUUGGUCAUUCUACUCGAUGACUCUGAUGACGUCAGCUCAUCGUACUGGAGACUGGCGAAGGCUACCGUAUCGGCUCUACUCGACACGCUCGGCCCUAACGACUUCGUGAAUGUGUACCGUUACAGCGACACGGUAGCGGAGAUAAACUCUUGCUACACGAAGGUUUUAGCUCAGGCCCUCCCUGAAACCCUGCGUGAAAUGAAAACGUCGUUGUGGAAUGCCGAAAUAACUGGCGGAAUCGCGAACAUAACAGGGGCCCUCACCACAGCCUUCGAAAUUCUACAUCGGUAUAAUCGUACCGGACAAGGGUGCCAGUGCAACCAGGCUAUAGCGGUGGUGGGGGCGGGCGGCGGCGCUGGUGGCGUCAACCGCGUGUUCCGCACUUGGAACUGGCCGCACAUGCCCGUCAGAAUAUUUACGUACCGAACGGGAGGAGACGCGGCUGCCGGGGUAUAUAUGCAGGAAAUGGCAUGCACAAACAAAGGUUUCUACGUAACUAUAAACGACCACUCCGAGAUUCGGCCAAAAGUUCUUCACUUCGUCGAAGUACUGGCGCGUCCGCUCGUCAUGUACCAAAAUGUCCACCCGGUGCACUGGAGUCCGGUUUACGUCGGAGGACGAAGCAGUAGCCUCGCCGAUAACGGAAUGGGUCAGCUUAUGACAUCAGUAACAGUUCCCAUAUUCGACAGGAGAAACCAUACGCAAAGGGAAGCGAAUUUACUAGGUGCUGUUGGAACAGACGUGCCGGUCGAUCAAAUAAAGAAGCUCGUACCACCGUACAAGUUGGGCGUUAAUGGCUAUUCGUUCAUGGUGGACAACAACGGGCAUGUAUUAUACCACCCGGACUUAAGACCAUUGCAUACAAACGAAGAAUACACAGAAACUCUACGACCACUGUAUUCAAGCUUGGAUUUGACCGACGUGGAACUGUUAAUGGAUUCCGAUGAAAACUCCAGAGUCAACCUAACAUCGCUACUUCUUGAUCUGAGACACGAUAUGAUCGAGCAGCGUGAAGGAGAAACCGAAAUAGGUGUUAAAGUCCAAUAUGACAACAUGAGGCGCGUGGCCACUAGGCGCCAGCGAUACUUCUAUAGCCCAGUCGACGGCACGCCUUUCUCUCUAGCCGCCGUGCUCCCUGACGGAUACGGCAUGUAUGAGCUACAAGCUGAACAGGAAGUCAAACAUAGCCCUAUCAACGUAACGGAAUAUUUCAAAGGCGAAAACUGGAAGAUUCAUCCAGAUUGGGUGUACUGCGAAUACGCAUCAACGUCAGACCAGACUUUCAACACGCCUGAAGAGCAGUUGCUGCAUUUCUUGAUCCGCGCCGGGAAACCUGGCUGGAAGUGGAUGUCGUUGCGACCGAGAGCCCUGACGCUGCACAACGCGCACAAGAAACAGGAUCGCGAUUCUUAUUACUGUGAUAAAACUUUAGUUCAGUCGCUUAUCAGGGAUGCAAUGGUAAUUAAAGAAUUGGACGCUCACACAGGACAUGCCAAUCACCACUCCCACCCAAUAGCAACUUUAAUGGCAUUACUGACAAGACAAGGUCGGUUCCACAAGUUCGUGGUGACGUUGUCCUUUAUCGCGACACGGAGCGGCCUACUGAAGUGGACUGAGAACUUCAAUGGAUCUCGGAAUUCCGAUUCUGCUGAACAGCAUUUCAGCGAAAAGUACUCUCGUGCAUUCGAUUCAGAAUGGUACCGUCGAGCCGUAGAGCAUCACGCCAUAGAGCCCGAGAGUUUCGUUUUCUCCGUUCCUUUCCGCGACGGAUCCGAGGCCGAAGAUCUGAGUGGAAGGCCUCCAUUGGUGCUCGCCACUCACGCGGUGUUCGUCGAGUCGAGAGGUCACAGGGCGCCGGCGGCUGUCGUCGGUCUACACUUCCAACUUGACUCUCUCGCGAAACACUUUCUAAACGUAACAUCAACGUGCACUGCUGGUACUGUUUGCAAGAAGACUUGUGCUGGUGACGAACUCGACUGUUAUAUUUUGGACGACAACGGAUUUAUCAUUCUAUCUGAAGACGUAUCGCAGACAGGACUGUUCUUCGGCCAAGUCGACGGAACAAUCAUGGAUUCACUAGUCCAAGAUCGGAUUUACAAGAAGGUCACUGUUCACGACCAUCAAGGAAGGUGUCCCGAUUCUAGAAAUCCAUUCAGCGGGAAUUCUAAUAAACUAUCGCCUUUAAAACCACUUUCUUGGCUCGGUGGCUAUCUAACUAAUUUGUUGGCUAUUUGGUUCCCGAUGUGGACUCAUGCAAGCGCUCAUACGGCUCCUUAUAACGAGGAAGAAUUAGAUUACGAGGACUACGAAGGCGAAGAUGUCGACCACGAUGAUGAUACCGAUCGCGAUCGAGGAACAUACGAGAUCAUCUUGGACGGAGGAGGAGAGGGUCCGCGUGGGGGACCGGCCGGCGCUCCUCCCCCACCGCCUCCCGCCCCCUCACCGCGGGAACCCUCCCGUGAAGCGGUGCGUUCUGCAGCCGUGCGACCGUGCGAUACUAGCGCUGAACUCUUCACGUUACAGUCGACCAGACUCAGCGCUGCGCAGCCUUUGAAAGGGAAACUUACUAAUUGCCAUAAUUCUGGAUGCGAAAGACCGUUCAGCGUCCAGAAGAUCCCGCACAGCAACCUGAUACUGUUGGUGGUGGACACGCUGUGCCCGUGCGGCGCCAAGCGGCUGGACGUACGCGCACGCGAGUCAGCCCCGCGCCCCACGUGCUCCUCCCCCCCGCCGCGCCCCCACCGCCGCCGACCUCAUACUUGCGUCUCCUACCAUCCUGAGGAAAUCGAAAUCCAGUCGUGUGGCCGUGGUGAACGAACAACACCUCUAUUUUCUUUGCUCACGGUGUUAAUACUUCGAAUGUGGCUCAGUACGUGACUACUAUGUUGGUGAUAAAAAAAUAUAUAUUUCGUUUCUACCACCCCAGAGCAGCAUAUCAGUCUUAGAACGCGACUAUUAAGUGAAACUUCGUAAAGGUUAUCAUACUCCAUGCUAUGAUGUAAAUAACCUCAAAAUUCUAAUGUUUUGGAUCAAGAAGAAUUUAAUAUGGAUUUGGUCGUUGUUCAAGUGUUCGAUUAUUGUAUUUUAAUUAACAGCUCGUUCACGCAGCGAGCAGUUAUGCGAGAAUCAAGUAAUGACAGCGACGCGGAAAUGUGACGUCAUCUAAUGUGGUGACGUCACGUCUUAAGCUCGCUGUCAACAGUGUGUUUCGCGAGGUUAGAGUUUUGAUCAAUUUACCGACUGAAGUUUUGGUCCGACCAAAUGAACUGUUAAUCUUGUUUUGAGACAGGAUUACCUAUUCAAUUUAGGAUACGAGAUAACUGAUAAUGGUUUUCCUUGUCUGUUAAGUUGUCAGUUUCACAUUUGUAACUAAUGCAGAGGCAUAAGUAAAUAGAUAGGUAACGAAUAUCUUGUUAAAUUCAAAUCGCGUAUUAUUACAAACUUUGAAAUCUUAUAAAAUUAAAUUAUAGCUAAUAUGUUAAUAAGUAUUGAAAAGAUAAUAAUUACAUGUAAAGUAUGGUUUGAAAUGUUUUAGAAAAAUUUACCUAUGUUGAUACCAUAGACUCGAUUUAUUUCAUAUCUGUCAUUAAAUUUAAUCGCAAGGUAGUUGCAUAGAUAUACGUAUUGUAAAUACUGUUUUGUUUGUAGGCAAUUCAUUUGCAGAGUUUAUGUGUGAUGUGUAACAUUAUAAUGGUAAAAUUUUAUAAUCUAGAGUGCGUUGCAGUGAUCUUAUUAAUGAUCUCGCUAAGGCUACCACUGUGACUGACACAAAUUACCUACUUGUUGAAUAUGUGACAGUUGACGUAAACUUCCUAACCUAUAAUAUUUUAACGCAAGCUUCAAAUGUUACAUGUUAACAUUAAUUAAAAAAAUAUGCUCCUACGAUAUUGGAAUAAUUUAUUUUAAAUUAAAUAUUAAUUUUACUUAUUGUUAAAUAAUAUAUUGACGUGAUAACGUCCUAUAAAUAGAUGAACAUCGGCUGCACGCACGAAAAAGUGUCACGUUCCGCCUGAACUUGAGCGUGCAAGCGAGAGCGCGGAACAAGCGAUAGAGAGGCACGAUCAGCCCAAAUGUUAAUUUAUCGAAAAAAAAUUAAUUUUUAAUCAACUCCUUUGUGUUUACAAAAUAAUGACAAUUCUGUGAUAAUACAUAAUUCAACUCAAUUCAUGAAAGUAUGCUUUUUUUUAUCAAUAUUUAUUUAUUACGUUAUCACGUCCGUAAACCGACUUUACGAACAACCAAUAUAUUUUUUUAAAUAUAUGUACGAAUGAUUCGUAUCAGUCGCAAAGUGGCCUUGCGUUUUAGGACAAUAAGCUUCAUUCAAGAGAGGACAGUAUAUUUGAGUCGGAUUGUCAGAUUAAAUAAGUGUUCAUGGUCAAGCCUUAUACUUUUAGUAAUGAUGCGGAGACACUGCAGCGUUGACUCUCGGAUUUUCAUUCUAGUUGUUAGUAAUUUUCUCGGCUAAUCUUCGAAUACCUUCGAUAAAUUAACAAAACUGUAAACAGUUUCAUAUUUUUAAUGUAAAUAUUUUCUUAACUUUAAAUGGCCUACUUAUAAACAAAAUAAUUAAGUGUGUUGCUAACAAUAAUUAUUAUUAUUGUGUCGUUUAAAUUCGACUUCUGCUCUCGUUAAAAUGUCAUCAUAUCGAUGUGUCAAUGUUUCAAUAACAUAUCUUCGCUAAACUUGAAUAUCAAUAUUCGAUUUUGAGAAUAUUUUCGGAUAAAUUCCCCUGUGCUGAUGAUCCCCAUGAUAAUGAAAAAGUUUUAUCUAUCCCUUGAUCGUGACCCGUAGGGAAGCCCAUCAGAACGAAGUGAAUUUCCAAAGCAAAAUAUAUUAAGAUUGUCAUGCAUUACCAUCAUUGUUAGGUUAGUUUGAAGAGCUAAAGUUACGAAGCACCACGAAGGUUCGGCGUAUGUAACGCAUGAACUAGGCCUUAUAGAAAGAUCGCGCACAAAAUUUUUACAAAGUUAAACACGUGUUUUAUUAGAGUUAUUUAAUCGUCUUUUUAUAUCAGAUCUGUACUUUAUUAAGCUAUUUACGUUUUUCUUCGCUAAGAUGGGUCUCGGGGCGCGCUUACUUUAUCCAAACGAAAAUUAUCCAAUUAAAUUGAUUCUAAAGUGUUUUAUCUUCCAAUCAUGGAACGUAUUUUCAUCAAAAUUUAUGAAGAUUCUUUUAAAUGAGCAUCCGAACUAAUUUGUGGCUUUUUGAAGAGAGUUUCGUUUUUAAUGACUAUGCAAAAGACAAGAUUCAUUGUUUGUAAAUACAGAAGACUUAGCCAAAAAUUUAAAUAGCGAAAGAACCUUUCGAUUUUAAAUGAUAUCGUAAUUGAUUUAAAGUAAACAAAACGGCUCUAUUUCUACUUUUCUAUACUACUUUUCACUUCACUGUGCCUGUAAAGGUGCAGAUUACGUGACAUGGCAACACUAGGAAAUGGUUUGAAACUUUGUAAACCCGCAAUCCAAUGUAAACGAACAAAGCUCGAAAGUCAAUAAUUGGAUUCCAGCGGUAGUGCGCACGUGACUUCUACCUUCAUAUUGUUUUUUUUAAUCCCAUAAAUGGGCUCACGCUCUCUCGGCCCACAUGGUGUUAAGGGAUCGCUGAAUUCUGUCACCCAAAGGGCCAUGCCUGGAACCGGAAGGCAUGACCUCUUCAUAGCUGAAACAACAGUUAAGACCAACCCUCCCCUCGGACGCUUACAAUGCUAUUCUAUUACUAGUAAGCUAUCAAAAUCUCAUAUAAACCUGUAUGAAAUAAAAAUUAAAAAUAAGGUUUAUUGGCUUCCCUGUUUACUAUAGUAUUUUGUUUACAUUACGAGUAGAAUAAACGUUGUCUUAUACUUUUAAAGAUAAAUCAUAUCACGUUAUAGGAUGUGCUUAGGGCUGGCUAUCGUCCGUUUUAAUAUUUAAACAAUUUUAGUGAAAAGUACAAAGAACAAUAGUUAAUUCUAUGUAUAUCGAGUGCCAAAUAUCAGUAUUAAUUUGCUUUGAAUGAUAUUAAAUAUAGGAUUUUGUAUAUUUUUACAGGACUGUAGCAAGCCAUAGCUGUUCUAGUUUGUUACGAAAACUAAAUUGAAAGGUUAAUAUCAAACCGUACCAAUAUUGUGAUUCGUAACAGAUUCGUUCAGUAUUUUUUUCUAAUUAAUGAAUUACAGUUAUCUAUAUGAAGCUCGUGUACCGUGUUAUUUGAUAUUAUAUUUUUAGUUCAAUUUUAUUUUGUGAAAAGAAACGUCAGAACUCGCUUUUUCCGAUUGAAUGGAUGCAGAUAACUGUAGUAACUGUAAUUAUAUCACAUAUCAUAUAAAAGCAUACAUUAUCAUAACCAUAUCAGUAUGUUCAGAGAUGCUCAGGUGUACACAAUGGAACGGGGACAAAUUGUACAUUUUGUAUAAAUAAAGUAAGGAGUCGAUUUAAUGACGUAGUUUGUUUAUAUUGUGAAUGGCGUACGACUGGUUUAUCGAGAGUGCUUCUUGCAAGCGUUGAGUCUUCCAUAGCAGUCGGACGCGGGGUGUGUUUACUGUUACAUCUAAGGAUUAUAUUAUAAUUAUAGCGUAUACUUAUCAUAGCAUAGCUGGAGCUCGCCUCUAGUGCGGGUUAAGUUCACUCGAUUUACGGUAAAAUCGACUUAAUGUCUCUCUAACAAGGGCCAAUAACAAAAGGUUGUAUUUAUGAACCGCAUGCAUGGACAAGGAUAAGUCAAUUUUAUCGUAAAGAAGUGCCGUAACUCGUACCCGCCGGAUUUAGUUUUACGUAACUAUAGACACAAAACAAAUACCUCGUUUAGUUACUCGAAAAUAGAUAGAAUGGAUUAGCAUUUAUUUCACAUUUAGUUAUUGAACAUAUCAAUUCAAGCACCAAAGACUAUAGCGGUAAGCGGUUUUUAAAUUUUUUCUAUUGUAAUUUUUUCAUGCAAAAGUAAUAAAUAAUUUUAAGGUUUCUAUCGUAUUAACUGAGCAUGCAAAGGAUCGCACUGACAGGGUCCUCUUAUAAUCGGAGACUAGGUACAUAAUGAAGGUUAAAAUGUUGGAGAUGUAUUCGUAGUUACUCAUCCUGAAAUUUCAUUGUCCUAUAUAAAUCUACUAAGAACUGUUGUAAAAAUCUCACUGUCGAUCCCUUCAUGCUUUUUAGGAAUGUAAUAUAUUAAAAAUUCUCAGUAAAAUUUCUAAAAUACUGCAGAAAGUUUGGAUGUUAAAGUUUAAAACAUUUAUCUUUUUUUUUUUUUAAAUUAGUUAUUCAAAAUUAAAAUUAUAUUAUAGUUGUAUCGUUGAACGCGGCCUGUGACCAGUUCUCUAGUAUAUAAUUCUAGUAAAAUAUUCUUUUUGUUACUUGCCAGUUCAUGCUAUAGAUAUACCUACCGUAAUUAAAACAAUAAAAUUCUCUUAUAACAUUGUGAAAA